AUGAGCAGUCGUGGCGAUCAAGAUGGCCGUCGGCCUGCACUACCCGCACAGCCUCGGCCGCCAUCUGAAUCGCAGACUGAAACAGAAAAGGAGCAAACCACUGACCAACCUAAACAAAUAUGUCGUAAUUAUGUAUGGGGGACAUGUUCAAAAAAUGCAAAAUGUAAAUUACGUCAUGAACUUGACGUUGAGGAAAUGAAAAAAAUUCUAAUAUUUUGCCAAGACUAUCAGAAUAGAACUGGCUGCACACGAGAAGACUGCAAAUAUCUUCAUACAACUAAGGAAGAAGAAAAUUUAUUUCUUACCACUGGCCAAAUACCUCGAGUACUUGCUGAACGCCAUGCUGCAAUGUCAGCUACGGCAAAUGUAGAGAAUAUUCCUCAAAUUGCUUUCUUUAUUAAGGACUCUUAUGCAAUGCCGACAUUAGAGUACUACGCUACAGCACCACCCCCACCACCACAGACUACUCCCAUGGUUUUCCCCAUGGACCAACCUUGGCCACCUCUGCAAGUUAUGUUUGAUGCAAGCAGACCACCACCAUCACCAAAUCAAGUAUUAUUAAGAAGUGGUCCAGUUAAACACAAAUCACCAAAUUCUUGUGAAGCUGGACCAAGCAAAAUAAGGAAGCCAGAGGACUGCAAUUUUGCGGAGGCACACUGCUUAAGCUGUGCCGAACGCGAGCUCAGGAUUGAUUUGUGCAAGCAAGAAAUAGAUAAAUUACUUAUUGAAGAGGAAUAUCAAACUCUACUUUAUAAAAAGAAACUGGAGGACUAUGAAAGUGGAAAAAAAUUUUUAGAGUCUCGUGUUAGCCCUGAACUUUUUGGGACUUUGGAAGUAUUAAUUGAGGUUAAGACAUCAGAAAGAUCUGGUGCAGGAACAGCAAAAAUUCUUAUCUGUUAG